AAAACGUUUCUAUCGGCCGAAUAUAACAUUAUCCCGCGUUAGUAACGAUACCACGAUACCCGUCAAAAUAUUGAAAACAAAUAAUGAGUAAUGUGGUUUAAUAAUGUUAAUACGAUCUAAUGCCUUGUUAGUAAGUACAUACUAGUUGUAUAGUAUUUUAAUUAAUUUUAGUUUUGAACAAAAUCUAAGAGUUUUUCGUCGUCGAUGAUUUGUUUUCCAUCCAUAUUUGAAUAACCAAGCACAGAUAAUUGUUAUACGUUUAUUAAUUUUUUUAAGACGUUGCAUUGAUGUUAUUUUCAUUGUUAUGAUAUUUUCUACAGAAAUAUAAAAAUGGAUCGUUUUACCAUAGAACUUUGUGAAAUUAUUCACGGUUUAGGUGAAAGAUUACCACGCAUAGAUACCGUUAAGAUAUUUAAGUCGGUAUUAUUAAAACAAAUGAUCUUGUUGAUUCACCAACUUAAAAAAGCUGCAAUUUUACAUAAACACCAGUAUAUAUCUAUCAAACAUAUACUAUAUGUCUUAAAAGAUUAUAAGGUCACUCUUAUUCGAGUUCUAUUAUACUAUUAUUUAAAAGAUAUUAUCAAAAAACUCAGUAAAUUAGGUAAUACUGAAAACUCAGAAACUAGAAAAAUAAACGAAGAACUCCAAGAUACGUUUAAAAAUGAAAUUGUUGGAAGUAUUACAAAUGUAGAAGACGAUUUAUUACAAUCAGAUCCAGCUGUUGCCUUAGCAACUAUUGAUUUUACAAAAAAAGACUUAUCAUCUGAUAGCAAAGAUUUAAAAUGUAUUUUUUAUAAGCUUCGGAACACAAUCGUAGAUUUGAAAUUAAAUAUAAAUAUAACUGAAGAAGAAAUAAAAAAAUGUAAUGAAGCACGUGUAACAAGAGCUAAUGAUAUAUCAAUUUUGCUAUCUGCAAGGGGAUAUGAAGGAUUUGAAAUAUGUAGAAGAAAAAGUUUUCAUGGUAGUUUAGGAGAAAAAUUAUUGUUACAAGUACUGGAAGUUCUUCCAUGGAAUAUUACUUUAAACAGUCAAGUUAAAGAUAUUCUUUUGUUUUUAGCUAAAGAAACAAUUCAUAGUCUCAUUGAUCGUGUGUUUGAAAAAAGAAGAUGUAAAGAUAAUUAUGAUGAAAAUAAUUUAUCUGCCAUUAAGAAAAUAAAAUAUAGAUCUAUUCUUGUUGAUGAAGUAACAAACGUCACUAUGGCUGUCUGGAAAAUUCCUUUGCAGGAAAUCUAUUACCCCUACAAAGAAGACGAUACUAUUUUUGAUGAACAAUUGAUUUUUGAUUCAUAAACAAUAUUUCUAUGAUAAGUAAAUAUUAUUAAAUAUUUAUGUGAUGUUUAUAGCAUGUUUAAAAAUAGUAAUAAAGUUAUGCUAUAUUAAAACUAAAUAGAAUCUUGAAAACUAUAUCAACUAACAUAAUCUAAAUAAGAAAAAAAA